AUCGGGUGUUCCACUUUGCUCCCAUGGCGUCCGUGAAGCUCGCCGUGGCGGCGCUGGCCGUCGUCCUCGCGUGGGCCGCGCUCGCCGCGACGCCGGCGGCGGCGUACCGGUUCGAGCCCGAGCCCUGCAAGACGCAGGCCAUGUACUUCAAGAACUGCCUCCCCCUCGUCGACGUGCCCGAGAAGUGCUGCAGCGUGGUGGCGGACAAGGCGUGCUUCUGCGAGGUGGAGCGGGAGGUGGAGAUCCAGUGCGCGCCCGGCCACCACUGCAGCCGCGCCGACAAGAAGGUCAAGAUCGCCGAGAUGAACCUCCCCUGCCUCAGGAACCUCACUUGCAAGCACGCGUGAUGGGAUGGGCCGGCACCGCGCGCCUCGCCUGCGUCAUCGAUCGCCUACCUUAGCUGCUUCCUGCUACUACUACUACAAGUAUCGCAUGUCUCGUUUGUGCACCGAUCGAUUUCCACUCGAGUGUGCCUCUUUGGUUUGCUCCGACUGUGCGUGUGUGCUGGUUGUGUGUGAUAUGAUGUUUCUGUCGAUGAUUACUUGUUUCUCCAAAUCGAUCGGCAUCAUCAUACGUUUCUAUCAUGUAUGUACUCCUACUUGUUUGUCUGCUAUGACAACACUAAUUCCUAAGCAA